AUGGUCAUGGAAUUUGAAUCUGAGCUUGUGUGCUCGAGUGACAGUGAUUCAGACGAGUCGUCCAGUGAUAGCUGCCAGGAGUAUGAUGAUGAUACAUUCUAUCCUGAUGUUGAGGAGUCUGUCUCUGGCUACAAGAUCGUGGAUUUACAGUGUCUCCAGGAACUGAUGGAUCAAUUUACUGUCUGUAGGAAGUGCACGAAGGGAGACAUGAUCAUCAGUAACUGUCAUGACACUGGACUUGGAUCGACCCUGCGACUUCAAUGCGCUUUGUGUGGACACAGUGGAAGUACGUCUCUGAGCAAGAAAAUUGGCAGGAGCUAUGAUCUGAAUCGACGAUCUGUACUGGCGAUGCGAUGCAUUGGACGUGGCCAUGGUGGACUCCGAAAGUUUUGCGGCGUAAUGAAUUUUCCUGCUACUGUAACGGAGAAAGCGUACCGCAGCCACCAGGAAGUUGUCCUUGCUGCAGCCGUAAAGCUAGCUGAAACUGACAUGGUUCAAUCCGCAGCUGAGUUGCGUGCCAUGACAGAUUCCACCCACGUCGCAGUGACGUUCGACGGCACUUGGAUGCGCAGGGGAUAUUCGUCUCUGUAUGGUGUGUUCGCGUGCAUCUCCUUCCAGAGCGGCCGUGUACUGGACAUCACAGUGAAGGGUCGAUACUGUCACGAAUGUAAGAUCUGGACUGAGAAGAAGCGAAGUGGUGCAAUCACGGAGGAAGCCUUUUCAACCUGGCUGGAUAAUCACAAGUGCAGCAUAAACACAGCGGCAUCUGCACCCGGUAUGGAGAGUGAAGCUGCGUGCGAUAUUUGGCAGCGGUCUGUGGGCACACGCGGAGGCCUCAUGUACACGUCGUACAUCGGAGAUGGCGACUCCAAAGGCUAUAAGAAGGUGUGCGACCUGGACCCUUAUGAUGGUGUUGCCAUCAGCAAGGAAGAAUGCAUAGGCCAUGUGCAGAAGCGUGUUGGCAAUAGGCUCCGGGAACUGAAGCGGCAACACAAGGGCAUGAAGCUGAGCGAUGGCAUCGGUCUCAGUGGAAAGGGCCGUCUCACUGACAGGCAGAUGGAGCGUCUCCAGACCAAUUAUGGCAAUGCCGUCAGGAGGAAUGUCGGAGACCUGCAAGCAAUGGCCAAGGACAUCUGGGCUGGGCUCAUGCACUGCUGCUCAACAGAUGCUACGCCGCAGCAUCAAUUCUGUCCGGAAGGUCCAGACUCGUGGUGCAAGUGGCAGCAGGCGCAGAGUGGUGCACGCCAAGCUUAUGAGCAUAAGAACCCUCUCCCAAAGGCUGUGUUAGAAGUCGUGAAGCCCAUCUACAUGCAGCUGUCCGAACGAAGUCUGCUGGAGCGCUGCCAGAUGGGUGCAACGCAGAAUGCGAACGAGUCGUUCAACAACGUCAUUUGGAGAAUGUGUCCGAAGGAAGGCUUCUGCUCCGUCGAAACCGUUCAGCUGGCAAGUAGUUUGGCAGUGCUCAACUUCAACAACGGCGCUAUCACCUUGCUCAGUGUGCUGAAAGAGUGUGGAUGCAUUGAUGGCAAUCACACGAAGGCAGCGCUUGAGCUAGAAGUCCAAUGGCGUGUGAAGAAGUCCCUCCGCAAGUCAUCAGCAGUGGAAAAGGAGAGCAGGAAAAGGAGAAGGAGGCAGAGGAAAGGCUGGGAGGAGACCACUAUUGAGAAAGAGGGCACUACAUAUGACAAAAGGUGGUUUCUGAAUGGCAACUUCAGGUCAGAUAUGUGAAAAUAUUUCAGUAGCACUCCACUAUCAGUCCUUUUUAUGUAAUUUUUAGGUGUAUUUUUCACUGAUUUUAGGGGUAUUAUGGGCACUCCGCGCAGUUUUUUAGAAAUGCUGUACAUAUCUUGUAUGUAAAAGUAUAUAUUUUCUGGUUCUGUACGGUCCAUUCUAGAUCCGUUGCCUUCUUAGGACACAAGAUCUUCUGUUAGAAACAAAAUAAUGGACCUUGAACUUCAGUCAAGUUAUCUUGCGCACGUGCAUUGUUAUUUCAAGGCUGCAGUGGCACACCAUUGGAACUGUAAUCGCAUUGUGCUUAGGCAACAUCCCUAGCCCCUUGGUACCUGAUCAUUUUGCAGUGUUAUGUGUUUAUCUUCAAGUGACCAUGUUUGAGAAAAACUGCGCAGAAAUCAUGCCCGGCUAUCGCAUUUUUUCCAAAAUUGCUUUCCUGCAUUUCUCCAUGAUACCAGUAUACUUUCCACAGUUCUUGGUUGCAAUGUCGUCAGUGGAUGUCAAGGAACAUAUACUGAAAAUUUGAA